CUCGCACUGGAGUUGUCACCUGUGCUGUUUGGGUACAUUAACCUUCACCUGAGAAAACCCCUGCCCUAAACUUAACCAAAUUUACACAAUGGACAUUUUUCAGACUACUGGAGUUUGACAAUAAUAAGCCGUCGGAGCAGUGAACAGUCCCCAAACUAGCAUUGAGUGGCGUCGAUAACCUAAAGCGGGAGUCGAGUUCUUGAUAUUUGGUCCCUGGCCCUGGGGCAGCAGUACUCGUCGUUGGGCUCUCAACCUAUCCUGUGCGGCUCCAUCCCUGGCUUGGUGCCCAAGCAGCUGCGCUUCUGCCGCAACUACAUCGAGAUCAUGCCCAGCGUGGCUGAAGGCGUCAAGCUGGGAAUCCAGGAAUGCCAGCACCAGUUUCGGGGACGCCGCUGGAACUGCACCACUAUCAAGGAUAACCUGGCCAUCUUUGGCCCUGUGCUGGAUAAAGCAACCAGAGAGUCGGCAUUCGUCCACGCUAUAGCUUCGGCAGGGGUGGCGUUUGCAGUGACACGGUCCUGUGCUGAGGGCACAUCCACCAUGUGCGGUUGCGACUCCCACCACAAGGGCCCUCCUGGGGAGGGCUGGAAGUGGGGUGGCUGCAGUGAGGAUGCUGAGUUUGGGGUGCUGGUAUCCCGGGAGUUUGCUGACGCCAGAGAGAACCGUCCAGAUGCUCGCUCAGCAAUGAACCGGCACAACAACGAGGCAGGACGCACGACCAUUCUCGACCACAUGCACCUGCGCUGCAAAUGUCACGGCCUGUCCGGGAGCUGUGAGGUGAAGACGUGCUGGUGGGCGCAGCCUGACUUCCGCAUGCUGGGUGACUACCUGAAGGACAAGUACGACAGCGCCUCAGAGAUGGUGGUGGAAAAGCACCGCGAGUCCCGUGGCUGGGUGGAGACGCUGCGCGCCAAGUACGCCUUCUUCAAGCACCCCACCGAGCGCGACCUGGUCUACUACGAGGGCUCGCCCAACUUCUGCGAGCCCAACCCGGAGACGGGCUCGUUUGGGACGCGCGACCGAGUCUGCAACGUGUCGUCGCACGGCAUCGAGGGCUGCGACCUGCUGUGCUGCGGCCGCGGCCACAACACCCGAACUGAGAAGCGCAAGGAGAAGUGCCAUUGCAUCUUUCACUGGUGCUGCUACGUCAGCUGUCAGGAGUGUGUGCGCGUGUACGACGUUCACACAUGCAAGUGAGGGCAGCCCGGGUGCUUUCAGACAGAUGGACAGACAGACAGACUGCUAGACUGCAAGUGCUGCCCCCCUCCCUCCCCUACUUCCCCCAUCAAAGACACAGACACACUGCAUUUCAGAGACACACACACAAACACACUCACACACUCAUACACACACGCACACACACACACACAAGCAGGCCCCAACGGGUAAUGGCACAUCAGUAAUGGAACUUCUACUCUUUGUGAAAACCCAGCCCUAGAAUCUAUCUUCCAAACCCCCGCUCCCAUUUAUGUUUGACUAGAAAGUGUUGAGCUGACAAACAGCACGGUCCACUGUCAUGGGAAGAAGUUAGAGUUAUCUUGUGCCAUUUUCCCCUGUCUGUCCCCCACCCCCUGCAGCAUUGGGCCAUGAACACCCUCCCCCUUUAUUUAUUUCCCCCCUCCAUGCCAACGUGACGGCUGUGGCACCUAACACUUUUUACCUGUGAGAUUAAUGCAGUAAAAUAGAUGACUUUCAGACUUUUCACUGCUUUUGAACAAAAAGCAUCUUUUAACUAACACCUCACUUUUCCGGCCAGCCUGGCCGGUUGACCUUUUUGAAACUAAACCAACCUCUACCGAAACAUCACUUAGUCGAAAGCGAUACUGAACACAUGUCGGCAGCCCCAGGAAGCAAUCACUUGUAACUACUGAACUGAACUCAAAAGAGCAGGAAGGCAUUAGAAGUGCCACAGUCCUGUCUUCGUAAACUACUGAGCUGAUGAAAUCCCCGGGUUUACCAUUCCCUGCUCACUGACUGUACUGAAUAAACUGCACCAGUCAACUGGGAUGCCUGGAAGAUAUAUGCUAGAGCCUGAUUUUAUAUAGCCCCGCAUUUCUGAAAUAUUACCUUUGGGCUGGGAUUGGAGGUAUGCAGGAGGGGGCAUGUGUGUGAACAAGCACGCUCAUUCCACCAACUUACAACCCUACACAUGUAUGUAUGCACUAUCCAGUUAUACAGGACUCCAGGUGGUAAACAUUUGUGCAUUGUUUAUGAGAGCAAACUCUGCUUCAUCGCAGCCCAGCAGGUCGUAUGAAUGAGGACACUGUUCCUGUUUGCUGCGUUCAGACAUGAUCAACCUGUAAAUUGAAUCGCUCAUGAUUUCCACAAGUGUGAUGCAUUAGAUGGUUUUACAUUAUUCAGCUAAGGAGCCUUUUGAAAAGCCCCAGAGACAAGUAUAUUCACAUCAAAGCACCAAGAUAAGGUUCAAAUUAUAGGAGUGAACAGAGAUUCAUUUAUGGAUGUAUCGUUUAUGAAACGUCAAUCAAACGUCAGCAUGCUUAGUGUUAAUUCUGGUCUUCAAAAACAAUGAUUAUCGGGAGACAUUAUUUACCAGUGCAUUCAUCAGGUUCAUCAUAGUGCUGUGAGACCCUUGUCUAAAGCAAAUCUUUCUUUUAUCGCUAUGACUCUUAUAAAAAAAAAGAAAAAAAAAAAAGAAGAGGAAGGGGGACAUGUGACGACAUGUGGAGACCAGAGGAACCAGAGGGCAGAGUGAGCUCCAGUACGUUCUCACAUCCCGCCUAGCUUCCCUAUCUCCCUCCGUGUUUCCCUCAGAAAGAUGGUUGAGGUUUUUAAGAGGCUUGAUUUAUGAACUCAUAGUCCUGUCAAAACUCCCCCAAAACACUUGCCUCACUGUUUGGGGUUUUGAGAUAUUGGAAGCACAGUAGUUACUGUAUAGUUUACUCAAGACAACAUGGAUGUGAGCCCAGAUGCCGCUCGGCGGUGUUGUUAACAAAGACAAAUAGCCGCAAUAUCACCAUAGGAAAAACAGUCGUGCGUGUGCUUUCUUGGAUGGACAGACAGGACUCGGUUCAUGAUCCAUCACGCAGACUUCUUCGAACCUUCGCCUGUCCCUGAAUUGUGAAUCUAUGAACAUCUGUGAGCGUGAGGUGAAAGAAGGUUGGGAAACUUAAUGGGGACCGGGCCGUGAUUUAUGGGUGCAAGAUGUGAUUUGGGUGUGCUUAUGACGUCUGCCAGUGACAAACAGAAGUGUGUGGUUGAGGGAGGAGGGAGUUUGGGAAAAUGGAUGGAUGGAUGGAUGAACGGAUGGCAGGCUGGCUCCUCAUUAUGGCGGAACAAACUCGGAGAGGUUUCUACACAACAUGUUCUGACAGUCCCACUUGCUUCCUAUUAAUUAUAUUCAACAACAAAAAUACAAGUUACCCAGUAGUGUGUAGGCUCUCCUCUCUUUGCGACAUAGCUUAGCAUCUGCGUCACCUUCUAAAACACCCUCCCUGACCUGGGCCUACCUUUCUGUGUUCAGUUCCUGUCCCUGCCCCCUGGACCCCCCCCCCCUACCCGCCCUCCCCACCCCACCCCACCCCCCCGCUAUAUCCAAAGUUUUGUACAAAUGUUUUAAAGUGAAUAAUUCCCUUUUUAUUUUAUAAUCUGAAAUGUUAUGUUUUUAUAAAUAUUAUUUAUUAUACAAUGUAUAUAUCUGUAUGACUGAACUAAGAUUAUAUAUUUGAAGAACAAAAGACUGUGUCAUGCUUUUGCUUCUUAGCCAGAGGUGCUUAGAGAGCGACUGCGGCUGUUGGGACGUGGCUUAGCGCAGUCUUUAAGGCCUACUCUUUAGCAGCCCAUGUAUGAUACAGACCUUGCACAUGACACUAACAAGCUCACUUCGAAAUUGAUAUUAUGG